UCACGAAAUGGAUACAUCGAGGUGGUCAAGCUGCUCCUAAUAACUCUGGGCGUUGAAACUAGCAGGGCAGACAAUCAUGGUCGUACAGCGUUGUUCUUCGCUUCCAGAUGUGGGUACAACAAUGUGGUUCAAGCGCUGCUUGUCGAUGGGCGGAUUGACCCGGGCAUCAGGGACUGGUAUCGUUCGACAUCGUUGUUUGCUGCCGUGAGGAACAACCACUUCGAAGUGGUGGAGCUUUUACUCGCGGCCGGAGGCAUGACUAUUGAGGGCCAGGACGGUUUUGGCCGGAGUCUCUUCUGGUGGGCUCGGCGCACUGGCAAUCUUCGAGUCCUUCAGCUCCUAGUGCAGCAUGCCGAAAGCACCGGCAGUCCUAUCCCCGACGACCCUGCUCCUGUCAAUACCAUCUCUAUUCCGGUUGGUCAUGAAUCCGCUUGGUGCGACGCCUGUACACUGAGCAUCCGGGAAGGCUGUGGGUAUUCUUGCAGAGUGUGCGACAGCGGGGAUUUCGACUUGUGCGUCGAGUGUUUUGACGGAGGUAUCCGAUGCCGUGACAUCUCCCAUGUGCUGGUGCCUCGGUGA